CAAUGUCGUUGCUAUGAUGCACACAUAUAUAUGUUCGACAUCAUGGAUUGUAAAUCUGGAAUGUCGAUGUAUAUAGGUUUUCAACUUUGCUGAGAUCAUAUGGGACACCAUAUGUGAUAACACUAUAUCCCUUAUGCGAAGCCUUCAAAUUAAUUGUGUAGUAAAUCACGCUUGUACAACAAAACUGCAGGUCAGACAGCAAGUAUGUCUCGCAGACUAUUCUCCAGCUCUAUGCGCCUCGCGCAGACAGCAUACAUUUCCAGCAAUAUUGCUCGCACGCCCAUGACAACAGCCUGCUUCCACACGUCUCCGCUCCGACUUGCCGCGGCCAACCUGAACCCAAAUACCAUGUCGGCCAUCACGGAGAGGGAAAGGCUCAUCACCGGCGCGGACGGUCCAGUGCCCGAUGGCCCGACCGCUCAGGCCCAGAAACACGCCGGUCAGCCUCUGACACCGGCUGUCAUCUCGGCGAUCAUGCAGGGCGAGCAGGCGCUUACCGGCCUCAACGGACCCAUCGAGGGAGGUCCCGCGGCUUACGUACAGAGGGUGGCAGAUCUUGCAGCGACAGGAGCAGAGCAGCCUUCAGGGGUGCUGGACUCCAACACCAUCUCCGCCAUCACGGACGCGGAGAAACGGCUGACAGGCAGUGAGGAGCCGGUGAAGGGCGGGCCGACUGCGCAGGCUCAGAAGCACGCGAAUGAACCCAUCAACCCGCAGAACCUGCAUGACAUCACGGAAGGUGAGAAGAAGAUCACGGGCGGACAGAGGGUGAAGGGCGGUCCAACGGCCACGGCGCAGAGCGAGUUGAGUAGGAGUCGCUCGUAGGAAGGCCACGAAGCGAUUAGUUGAGUUAUUGAAAGCUCAUUAAUGGUUGUUUGGAUCGCCAGAAACUCCCACCAGGCCAUCCUGCUUAGCUGGUUCGGCAUUGAGACAAAAUUGAAGUUUGCUUGAGGUUGAAUUCAUUUUUAUACGUAAAUGUAUGUCCUGACCUUGACAGAUUGGCGUAGUGCGCUUGUAUUCAAGCUGCUACAUGUCCUUCCUUGGCAAUGAAAUGUUUCACCUAUCGGGGGUGAUGCUUGAUUCUCUACAUUGGACGAUUUAAAUUCAUCUUGUACCAGACAAGUAUACUGUGGCCUUGAGGAGUCCAUGACACCUCGCCGUUCAAUAGUCGGGACAGU